UGAACAUUGAACAGUGGUUCACACGGGGAUUCAGUGAAUUGUGAAUUCCUUGCUUGAGCGUUGGCAGCGCCUUUUGAUGGAUACUUGACUUCACUUGUCGGAUUGUUGUGAGUGAAGUACAAUCAUCAAUUGGUUUCUGUUUCUAACUACCACUUUCACCUCAAAAAUGAAAAGGCCAUCCGACCGCAAGAAAACAAAAAAUAGGCAACUCAUGACACCAAAAAACAGGCAUCAUCUCUCGUGACACUAGGCUGUCAGCUCAGCUCCUCUCCCAUUUCCAUUUUCACUAUAACUCGUACUCGCUCACUAACUCAGCGGCGCAACUGAGUCUGUGACUCGCCCGCCCCAAAAUGGACUACUUGUCGUCCCGUAGAGACCGGAAGCUCGUUUCCCGGCGGCGGACGUGGUGCUGCUCAUUUACCACCCCUCCGGCGAGCCCCGAAAACUCUUCAUUCUCUCACACCAAAUCGCCCCGCAACAAAACCGAAACGCUCUCAUCAUUAUCGAAGCACACCACGCUCGCCUCCGUCCCCAACUCCCCUAAAUCCCCCUUCCCCAUCGUCUCUCGGAUUGACCCUCGCCGGAUCCUCUCUCCCGGAAGGGUCUCUCCCAUCGACUCCGAUCCCGCCCUCACGAUUGAGCCCGAACCUGAACUACGAUCCGCAAGCUUCCGUGCUCCCACUGCGCCGAGUUUCCGGUCGUCGCCGCCGGAGAUUUUGGGCUCAGGUUCCAGUUCCAGUUCUGUUGAAGGAGUCAACAAGAAUGGCUUUGAUGUGAGAUUGACUUUGAGAGGGAAGAGAGGAAGUUGCAUGGUUCUGGAGGUUGAUUCGGGAGUUCUGAGCGCGAACUCGGAGGUUUUUGCGGAUUUGGUUGGCGAUUACAAGAAGGGUUUGUCGCUGAAGAAUUCGAGUGAAGCACCCAAGAUGUGUAGAAUGGAGGUUCCUGCAGUUGAGAACUUGGGUGUUUUCAGAGACACCAUCGAGCUUAUGUUCGAAGAUGACGAUGAUGUCACAAAGAAGCUCAUCAAGAUUGGAGUCUAUCGAUCCAUUGACAUUUUGGAGGUUUCGGCAGGCAUCAUGUUCAACAAGGGGGUUUUGUCCUGUUUGAAAUACCUUGAGGCUGUUCCUUGGACGGAGGAGGAAGAGGAGAAAUUGAGAAGCCUCUUCACAAGAUUUAAGUUUGAUGAUGCAACUGCAAGAGACAUUCUAGCAAGACUGUACUUGCAAGAUUCAACGGAUUCCCAAUUCCUGCCAAAUAUAGCGCGGCAACUAGUUUGGUCUAUCAGCACUUGUGAGGAUGCCAAUGCAAGAACUGAACUCAAGUCCCUGAUGAAGGGUCUUCUGUGUAACCAUCUUGACAUCAGCAAGGAGGAUCUCUAUGCUGUUUGCCGCUCAUGUCUGGCUUCACUUGUUAGCCUCUUUGAGGAGACGUCUGACACAAUCCCUCCCAGAAGUUUCUUGGUAAAAAAAGAUUCGAGCAAGACUUUGAUUGAGCGAAUCUCAAGAGAAGUGGAUAACAUCAACUGGUUGCUAGAAAUUAUGCUUGAUGGGCAAGUAGCAGAUGACUUUGUGAAUAUAUGGGCAGAUCAGCAGCAACUUGUUGGAAUGCAUGAAAAUGCAUCCCCCAUGAUCAGAUACGAACUCAGCCGAGUGUCGGCGAUUCUGAUUAUUGCCAUGGCUACAAGAAAACUACAAUGCAGGUUGGAAGCGAGAUCAGGGCUUCUCCAAGCAUGGUUUAGGCCUAUGCUGUUGGACUUUGGUUGGUUACAGAGAUGCAGGAAAGGACUUGACAUGAAGGCCAUGGAGGAGGCUAUGGGACAGACACUUCUUACGUUACCUUUGAAGCAACAACAUGUGCUGUUUAUGGUUUGGUUUAGGUAUUUCUCAAGUCAUGGCACUGAAUGUCCAAAUCUAAGCAAGGCAUUCCAAAUAUGGUGGCGCAGAUCAUUUUUAAGAGGCUCUGAAACUUAUGCCAUUGAAUCAAGAUGAAUACAUCGCCAUUUGGCACCACUACAUCAUUUCCUACCGGGAGUUUCUCUAAUAUAUUUCAAACUCAAUAACAUAGAUAGUCUUAGUUGGAUCUUAACCGUAGCAGAGCCUUUUGACUGAUUGUGUUAGGAAAUUCUUUUUAUUAUCCCUGAUUAUUAUGUAAAUGAAUUUCCUAUCAGAUUGUCAAUUAUUUAUUUGUUUACCUUCUCUAUUUAGUGAGAAGGAAAGGAAAACAUUUAUUUAGAAAAAAUAAGUGACAAUUGCUUAAUACCAGCUAA